GAGCGCACAAUGGGCUGGCCCCAUUGGCUUGGCCACCGGCUGCGAGCUCCAUGGGUACUGCAAGGUAGUCUCCUCGCGUCCUGUAUCCCGGGAAGAAUUGCUGGCGCUGCAGCACCGGACCUGCUGCCCACCAGAACUAAUUAAUUACAAGCAACCUUGGGUCUGGGAGCUCACAGAGGUGCACCGGCUCUCGGACCCACUGAGCCUCCCUCGGAAGAAGGGCCAGGUGGUCUGGGUGCGCGUGCACGGUCCUAGCUUGCUGCCGCCGCCGGCCGGGGAUGCGAACCAGAAG